AUGUCGUCCCACCUGCAGUGGAUGAUUGUGCGCAACUGCUCCAGCUUCCUGCUCAAGCGGAACCACCAGACCUACAGCACC